GAAAAACAACAAGUCCUGUAAAAAUAUCAUACUUUUAAAAUACGAUAAUAUAUGACUGAUUACUGAAUUGAAUAUCCCCAGCUAUCUUUCUUUCCUUCUCUUGCUCAGCCAGUUGUUCUCAAAUAAGAUCAGCACAAUACCAUUAGAUGUCGAUCAUCGCUUAAUGAUGUUCGGCAGGCGCCUCGUUCUCUUCAGGAAUAUAAAUUAAUUUUUUUUUCUUUUUUUUAAAGUAGCUUUACAGUUAUUUAUCACACAAUGAAACGAACGCUAUAGUUCCUGAUGCGGGUGAAAAUCGUAGAAAAUAUUACAACUACAAUGAUGCGUUUUCCUAUAGAUAUCUUAAGAUGUUAGACAGUACAAUGUUUCUCGCUCACUUUUACAAAUCAUAGACGGUCAGUCAGAACUGAACCCAGCAGUAACCAUAUACACAGAAUUAUGCCAAUUUUCUACUCCUAUAAAAACCAAUAUGAGUCAGUUUGAUUGGAAAGCAUCAAUUCUGCUUUUGGUUGCAAAGAAACUCAUCGACAAGAUCACCGAGCAUAGUCGCAUUCAUGACAACCUCUUGCUUCCUUCACAGUAAAGCUGAAAAAUCCCCCAGAACCUUGUUUGUUCAUGUCCACGGCUAUAGCCUUGUCAUUUGCUGGUCUUGAAGUGCAAAGCUUUCCAUUGGCAGGGUUGAAGUACAUUUGUUCUUUGUUUGUCAUAUUCUCCAUAUUGUGGCGUUUUCUGCUGUUUAAGAGUUGAAGCUUUUGACCAGAUUUAAGGCUCAAGUUUCCUUCGACGAGGCUAUUAUGAUUACCUUGGUUCGUUUGGAAUCCUCACUGAUUACUACAGGAGCCAACACCUAUCCUUUAGGAUUUGAUCGGUCCUAAAUCUUUUCCCGAAGGUGCUAUGCUGAUUAUAAUUUAUAUGACAAUGUUACGCGUCAAAAUUCCCAGAAAAAUCGGAACAAACUGUUCAUAUCAAUUGCUCCGCCCUCUAAAACAUUUUAAAUGACAGGUCUCCUUUGUCAUAAGGUAUUCUCGGAAACUAGAAAGCUCUUCUUUGUGAUCAUACGAACUUCUGCUAUAGGUAAUCCUUCUUACAAAAGGGAUUUUUCUAUACAUGAAAUCUCAUCUCCGUUAGUUCUAUUAGCAAGGCUCCCCCGAAAUGAAGUUUGCCACAGAAGGCAAAUAGGAUCUGCUAAAUAGAAACAAGUUCAAGAGAGUCAGCGGUCUGAGUAAAAACAUGCCAGCGCCAGCUUGGAUAGACUUGUUAUGUUUUGUUAUGAGUUGUUAUUCCUCAACCGUCAUUGUUCACUAAUUCAAUCCGCAGUGUGUAUUUUUAUUUUUCUUUCACUGGGAAAGACUGUCACGCCUACUGGAACUGGAACAAAUAAGAAGCCCACGGAGUACAUUUCACUCUAAUUUCGUCCAAAGCGAAGGUAACUAAGGAGUCAGCUUAUAUGGGCGAGGAAUUGGAAAUCAAGAUAUGGGAUUACCGAAAGCUGAAAAUCUGCAAAACUCUCGGAGGAGGUUCAUUUGGAACAGUUUAUUUAGCAAACUGUGUCGAGCCAGAUGGGACCAAUCCAGUUGUGAUGAAGGUCAUACACAACUCGGUUGCUAUGAGAGAUGACUCAAGAAGGCUUUUCAUGAAGGAAGCCGUAUUAUUAGCAAGUCUCCAUCAUAAGAACAUCGUCAGAAUUUAUGGUAUUUGUUUAAACCCCCUUACGAUUAUCAUGGAGUACGUGGUUUUUGAUUUUGAGCCUUUUCAAAGAAAUAGGAAGGUCAGUUCUUUAGAUGGAUUUCUAUCGGAGAUCUCUGGAGUGCCCCAAUCCGAAGAACAUCGAUUUGAACAGUUCAUUUCAAAGAUAGCAGUUGAUGUCGCCACAGGAGUCGCUCAUCUUCAUGGCCAGAACAUUGCUCAUCGCGAUCUUAAGCCGAUGAACAUUUUGAUCUCUAAUCAGCAUUACUGCAAACUUCAAGACAGGUGCCAGAUGAUGAGACUUAAAGCAGAGAGACCAAUAAUAUGCAAGCUGGCUGAUUUUGGCGAGAGUCGUUCUCAGUGGCUGCAGACAAACGGGCUCAGGGAUCCCGAAACUAGCCAAGUAUUCAGAGGCACAAUUGCUUUCAUGGCGCCAGAGAUUCUGUUGCGAGAACCAACGGUACAAGGAAACAAACUUACCAUGGACGAUUUGAAAAAAGUAGAUAUCUGGGCGUUAGGAAUGGUCUUUUACUGCCUGAUUAAUCCGGCUGACCCAUGUCCAUAUGAACGAGAUGGUUGCAAUCACUUCGUGGAUAUUAUGAAAUUUCAAAGACAAAGAAAACUUCCAUCCUUUGACCCAAAGUACGUGGGCAAACAGUCUUCAGCUUGGAAACAUGUUAAAGAUGUCUUUCAUGCCUGUACAAACUAUGAUCCCCUCAGAAGACCAAAAGCUACACAAGUCCAUGCUAUGCUGGAUGCUUCUACCGGCUCCGGUAACCACAGCAGUCUAAAGACAAAUGUGGUGCACCUUAAUCAAGGAUUGUCCAGCACCAGCCAGGGAACUCUUCAGUGGUAUGCAAGCACACAGGGGGAGUUUGAUGUUAAAUACAUUCAGGAAAAGCUAAAAGCAAUUGCCGACGGUGAGGUGGACAUGAGUCGCAAUAAAGACUCCCGGGACCUAUGCAUGAGAUUCCGGUGCAGUAAAAAACAGUGGCAAGUCCAUUUUCCCGCGAAUUUUCCAGCCUCCAACGCCAGCUUGUACGUUGAUGGAUUGUUUUACACCAUGGUUGGGGGUAACACUAUAAAAACGUCCGUCAGAGAGCUGAUAUCAACAGUAAUCCAGCCUAAAGGUGCGUUGGUUCAUGAUGGUGCCGCAAAAGUGAUAGCAGAUCAGUGGUACGAGAACAUUCAAGGAGAGGCAGCUCUCCGAUAUGUUUUAAACGAGUUGGCAAACUUUGCUGAUAGUAAAGUGAGGAUGAGUCGACAAAAAGACACCCAUGAUGUUACAUUAAGUUUCACGCGCUAUGGAGAUCACUGGGAAAUCAGGUUCCCACCUGAUUUUCCCAGAUCUGAAGUAAACCUCUUAAAUGGAGAUUUCUCUAAAAUGGUGGGUGGUGACAACAUCAACACCGCCGUCCAAGCUAUGAUAUCAGCAAUGAUUCAGGCGCAACCAAAACGGGCUGGUGAAAAUCUUGUACCAGUGACACGGAUGAGUGUAGAGCAGUGGUAUGCUGGUGAUCAAGGAGAAGCAGCUCUUCGAUACGUUUCACGAGAAUUGAGGGACAUCACUGACAAUGAGUUGGGAAUGAGUCGCAAAAAAGACACCAAUGACAUCACGUUAAGACUCAAGCGCAAUGGACAACAUUGGGAAAUCGCAUUUCCAUCGAAUUUUCCCAAAUCUAAUGCAAGCUUGUUCAAGAGCGGAGAAUUCUACGCAAUGGUCGGUGGUGAUCAGUUAGAAACUGCUGUCAGAGAGAUAAUCAAUCGCAUUAAAACUCUCGAUCAGCCAUCAGCAGACAUUUACGGUCACCCUACGAGCGUGACAACUGAACAGUGGUAUGUUGGACACUCAGGAGAGGCCACUCUUAGAUAUGUUUUCGACGCACUGAGGGAAAUCGCAGACGGAGAGGUCAAGAUGAGGCGCAAUGCGGAAACUCACGACAUCACCCUGAGCCUUCACCACAGAGGAAGAGAGUGGCAAAUUACCUUUCCUUUUAAUUUUCCGAAAUCCAAUGCAGGCGUGUCCACGAAUGGAAAAGACAACAAAAUAUUUGCUGGGAAUACCGUUGAAAAUUCUGUUAGCGCUUUAAUUAAUCACAUUACAACUGCGUAUCCGUCACACUCAAACAUUUCAUCUGCGUUUCCGUCACACUCAACUAUGCUGGAAACACAGGAAAGGGCAAUUUGCUACAUACAAUAGUUUAAAGAUCUCGACAAUAUGGCAUCUAGAACAUUUUCGUCAUACGCGGUCUAGGGUACUUUCUAGCGAAGAGACGCACCUUAAUUUCGUUACUGACUUCCAAAAUCGGCGAACUGUACCUAGCACCUUAAAUAUUUUAGCAUCUAGUUAUUUUAAUUUCUUUGAUAGUAAGUGUUGUGUGACUUCUAGGACCAUCCGCAUCCCGGCAGUAGAACAUCCCUUGUAAAUGUUGCCAACUAGUUUAUUUUGAUUGUUAAUCAGAGUUUUUGUGACUCUUCUUAAUAUAUCUACUGAAGGACCGCUUUGAGCAGAAAGCUUGGGACAAAAGCUCUUAUUUCUAUGGUGGCGUAUUUUGUUUUGUUUUGUUUUUGUUUUGUAUUUUUUUUAUAACGGAGUAAUUAAUUCUAAUAGUUCCAAGAAAAGCAGGAACAACUUGUCACACUGAUUGCAUCAACCUCCAUUAUCCGUCCAGCACUUUAUGAAUACGUCUGCGCAGCAAGAAUACGUCAUAAUUCCCAGAAUUGCUGGAAUGUGUUUAUCGUGUCUGAUCAGCUUAACGUAACGCCGUUCCUGGAAAUGGGAAAGUUCUCGAGUUGCUAGUUUUGAUGCUUUAAUUAGAGACGGUUGGUGACCUCACUCUCGAACAUAAUCGUUGUGGCAUCUUAAAACGUAGAGACCCAAAGAACUCCAACUUUAGAAAAUCACCCCGUCGCAGUCAUCGCUCGAGCAUUUCACCUCUCGUCGCUCUCUUUAUUUCGCUAUCAUUUACCGGUUGACCUUCCUUGUCUUGUUCAGGACAGUCUCAAGGAUACUGACUAAUUCUCAGUUUUAAAAACUGUUCUACCCUCUGUGUCAUUUAAUAUUUCUUAGAUUUUCUCUCCUUAAUCUCUUUCGCAUUACAUUUUUGUCAAACCAUAAGGUUUCCAUGAAACAAUUUCAAAGAGCGGAUUGUCUAUGACGAAUGUGUCAUUUCGUGGAAAUGUUUUCGUAGGUUAAGCUGCAUAUCAAACAUUCGCCCUAGGAUCCAGCUGUGUAAAUAUUGCAAGAAAACACACAAUCAACCGCCAGCAUCAUAUGUAUUACCUUCUAUUUUCAGCUAGAGGGUAUCGAUAGCAUUCCCGGAAAAAAAAACUUCAAAGGAAGGAAAUUUUCAUGCUUAACAAUACUGACGUUCACCCUGUUUGUUCACGUUUUGUUCAAUGCAAGCAGUAUCUCAUCAGAAAGUUCUUCUUUUUAGAUUUCGUCCCAAAAGUUCUCUGAGUAUCAAACCAUAGUUAAUUAUGAUCAAACGUGUCAGUCGAUUAUAGACUCCCAAAUAAUUUCAUACCUUUCGAGGAUCCUCAACGAAAAACUAUGAAACUUAGUGACUUUGCUUGGCCGUGAAAUUUAUCGAAGCUAGAUUUUCCGCAAGAUUACUCGUAAAAGAUGUGACAGUAGAAAUUUCGCGAAUACAUUGUAAUGCGCGCAUGUUUACAACAAGUUUAUUGGAAAAGAGCUUUCGCGUAUUGUCAACCCUGACUUUAUUACUAUUCAUUUAUGAUUUUAUAUUUAUAGAUCACGAUAUCACUACAACUACGCCUAGGCAGUAAAUAUGCUCAAAUUGAAUUACAAACUGAAAAUUGAUUAAUAUGUUACAAAAAUUACCUGAAAUCAAUUUAGUGAGCAGGAUUGUAAUUUUUUAACUUAACUUAAUUCUAGGGCCCGAGAUCUUUUAUAACAAACAAUCCAAACACUCUUAUGUAUAUGGAAUUAUCAAUUGUGUAAGUGCUGUACACUGCUAUAAUUCAGAGGCUACGAGCCUUCUCCUUUUGUAGAUUAUUGUAUGUGUUGGAUGUCAUCCCUACGUACACGUAAACCGUUUCCCAAAUGAAACAAUUUCAAUAGACAAAAUUUCUCUAAAA